ACACACACACACACACACACACACACACACACACGUGUGUUAUUCCAGUUCAGCAGGUUUUCCAUAAGGGUGUUGUCACAGGACUCUUCCUGGGAGAUCGGGCACUCUCAUCGGAUCCAGCUCACGCUGCAUGGCGCGCUCAGCAUGGAGCAAGAAAUCGCACCAAUAAUAGGUUCCUGGACGCAUUAAGAGAAGCAGUAGUGUCAACGAAUCACUGCACGGAGUUGAGAAGGUGACCAACAUGGGUGAAUAAUGUACACUCACCAGGUACUGCACCUCUCCCACCACCAUCCUGAGUCGCACACCUGAACACCCACCACACCACCGAACCAUACCAACUGAGUCACACACCUGAACACCUGAACAGCCACUAGACCACCUCAACACCUGAACAGCACCACACCACCUGAACACCUGAACAGCCACUAGACCACCUGAACACCUGAACAGCACCACACUACCUGAACACCUGAACAGCCACCACACCACCUGAACACCUGGACAGCCACCACACCACCUGAACAGCACCAUGGGAGAGUGCCACCAGGCCAAGUUUGACCCAAAGACCUACUUCAACUACUGCUACCAGUUUGCUGCUGUCCCGGGCCAGAAAGACAACAGCCGCUUCGUCUCCUUCGUCCUCUGUCAGCUCAGCAAGACCUUCUCAACAGGGAAGUACAGGGGCCAGAGGCUGAUAGAGGUGGGUACAGGGCCAACCAUCCACACGCUGAUCAGUGCCUGUGAGUACUAUGAUGAGAUCGUGGUGUCGGACUACGUGGACAGCAACAGGAAGGAGAUUGAGAAGUGGCUGAAAGCCGAGGAGGGAUGUUUAGACUGGAACGCUCACCUCCAGUAUGUCUGUGAUCUGGAGAGGAAAAGAACCCCAGCGAUCAUCUCAGACACUCUCCGUCAGAGGGUUAAACAGGUUCUAAAGUGCGACAUCUGCCUGGAGAACCCGUUCCACCCUGUCACGGUUCCUCCGGCGGACUGUGUCCUCUCCUCGCUGUGCCUGGAAGCGGCGUGUAAGGACCGCGAGUCCUACCGCCGCUCGCUGUCCUCCAUGGUGGACCUACUGAGGUCUGGAGGUGUCCUGGUCCUGAUCGGGGACCUGGAUGAGACCUUCUACACGGUGGGAGAGCAGAGGUUCGACUGUGUCAACCUGAGCGAGGAGUUCAUCACCGAGACGCUGUCGAAGCUGGGACUGUCUGUGGAGGAGUUCACUUUGCAGCAGGCUGAGGACAGGGACAGCAACCACAAGUGUGACUACGCCGCCUCCUUCCAUCUCAUUGCCAUCAAACACUGAUCACCUCUUGUACGUUUAUGUAAGAAACUAUGUAACACGCUGUGGUUGUGUCAUGGGUUAUUAUACACAAUAAAAAGGUCCGGAAGGUCA